AUGAAGAAAUCACACCUGACCAUUGUGCUCAAGCUGGGAACCUCCUCGAUCGUCGACGAGAAGACCCACGAACCUCUGCUCGCUGUGCUGUCUACGAUCGUAGAGACGGCCAACAGCCUGCGCCAUGACGGACACAACGUCGUUAUAUGCUCCUCGGGAGCCAUUGGAAUGGCACUUCGACAGAUGAAUAUGGACCGCCGACCGAAGCACCUCCCACAGGUUCAAGCCCUUGCUGCAAUAGGACAGUGCAAGCUCAUGGCCAUGUGGGAUCAGCUCUUCUCGCACAUGCGGCAGCCAGUCGCCCAGAUCCUCCUCACGAGAAACGACAUUGCCGACCGGACACAGUAUCUGAACGCCCAGAACACCUUCCACGAGCUGCUGAAUAUGGGAGUCAUACCGAUUGUGAACGAGAACGAUACGCUAUCAGUGCAAGAAAUCAAGUUUGGAGACAAUGACACACUCAGCGCCAUUACGGCAGGCAUGGUGCAUGCAGAUUAUCUGUUCCUGAUGACGGACGUCGACUGCUUAUACGACAAGAACCCUCGAACGAAUCCAAAUGCGAAGGCUAUUGAAGUGGUGGAGGACAUUGGCGACUUGUCAGCGGACACAUCGAGUGCUGGAAGCUCGCUGGGCACAGGUGGUAUGAGUACGAAGAUAGUUGCUGCACGCUUGGCAACAGCAGCAGGCGUCACCACUGUCAUCACAAAGAGCAGUAAGCCCGGGAACAUCGCAGCUAUCGUGCGGUACGUUGAGGCCCAGAAGCAAGCGUCUCGAAGCAUGGAGAACAGUGCUGAGCUGUCGCCAAAGACCAAUGGGCACGGUGGCACCGACGAUCAUGUCCAGAAGACCAAUAUCGUGAACGGCUCAGGCAGUUCCCUACUGGACGAGCCAGGCCUGCCACCACUCCACACUCGUUUUGUUCCACACUCGAAUCCAAUCCGAGAUCGAUACUUCUGGAUUCUACACGGCCUCACAUCUCACGGCAUCGUCUACAUAGAUCAAGGUGCCUGUCUAGCACUUGAGACAAAGGCAGGUCUGUUGCCUGCCGGCAUCGUCGACGUGGAAGGUACCUUCGGCCAACACGAAUGUGUCACACUCAAGGCCCUUCCCCACAAGGAGUCUCCCUUGAAUGAAGCCGAAGAGGUGGGGAAGGCUCUGGUCAACUACUCUGCCGUCGAGAUCAAGCGAAUCAGAGGGCUGAGGAGCAGCCAGAUUGCAGAGAUCAUCGGCUAUGCCGACUCUGAGUACGUGGCUGUGCGCGACAGCAUCGCAUUAUAUACUUUGGUGAACAGCCGACCCACUACCCCGGUGAGGGACGACUUCAAGCGUUUGAGCAUGGGCAGACUCGCCAACUACGUGGAUGCAUGA